UGGGGGGGGGACAAUGCCAUGGUGCUCUCUGCAAGCCGGUUCUGUGCCACCGCCAGUCCGGGCGUAGGAGCGCAAAGAGACACCCGGCAGCCGCAGGCGCCGCCUCCUGGGAAGCGAGAGUCUCUGCGGGGGGGUUGUUGGUUGUCAAUGGCUGGCUGACCCCCCCUCCCCCCAAUCCCCCGAUCACCGUUGUCACCGGCGGUCACCGCCGCGCGGGCAAGCGGCUCCCGGCGCGGCUGAAUGAGUGGGCGAGUGAAUGGCUAGCUGGCCAGGCGGAUGGAGGGAUGCGGGAGACCCUGCGCGGCAACAUCAUCAUGAGGACCUCGCCGCGCCGCCACUGCGACCUCGGCCGGCUCUCCCAGCUGCUGCUGCUGCUCCUGCCCCUCUGCUUCACGUGCGCGCUGGCCCUUGACUCGGGGCCGCGGAGCGCCACCGCCGGGCCAGCAGCAGCCGCAGGAGGAGGAGGAGGAGGCGGCGGCGGCUCCGGCUCCGACGGAGGGUCCAUAGCAGCGGCAUCGCCUGGGGGAGAGGUGCGCUCCGGUGCGGGAGCCGAAACGUCGCCUCUGCGCCUCUCACCUUCGCCGGCUCCUACUCCUCUUCCCCGAUCCUCUCUUCUCCUUCCCCCGCCGCCUCCUCUUUCGCCCUCGCCCACCACCCCGCAGCAAAACGGGGGCGAGGAGGAGGAGGAGGAAGAAGAAGGGAACGAUCUUGGUUCCUGGGCGGCGGCGGCAGAAGCAGGCAACGUAACUGGGAUCCAGCCCACCUUGGCGCCCCCCGAUGACCCCCCAACCAAGCCUGCUGCUACUGCGGGAGCACAAGGAGGCAGCCCUUCAGGCUCCGAGGGGCCCGGCUCCGAGGCGCCCAGCCCCGGCAACGCCGCCUCGGCAGUAGGCGCGGCGUCCUCGCUGGUUCCGCCGGCUCCUUCUCCAGCCUCGGCGUCCGCGGCUCCCCAAGAACCGACCCUCAGCGUCUGGUCCAGCAGCGUCCCCACCGCCGAGUCUUCGUCGCCUUCCGAGGAGGAAGAGAAAGAAGAUCUGGUGGCCCAUAGUGGGAUAGACUUCAUCAUCUGCAACUGCAGUUCCGUUGGGAGCACUGGCCUGAGCGACUGUAACACCACGACAGGGCAGUGCGAAUGCCGGACAGGACACGUGGGUCUGCACUGCGAAGGGUGUGGGGAAGGCUAUUACCCGGACCCCACAAGUGGGCACUGCCUUUGGUGCGGCUGCUACUCCGAGGGCUCCGAAUCCCUGUCCUGCGACAACUCUGGAAGAUGUCGCUGCAAAGCUGGUUCAGAUGGCCCCAAAUGCACCCAGUGCCAGGAAGGCUACUCCCUGUUCAACGGGACCACCUGUGAACCUUGUCGGUGUAACAACCAUUCUGCGAGUUGUGAUCGGUUGACAGGCACUUGCUUGGACUGUCAAGGGAACACAGAAGGCGCUUCCUGCGAGAAAUGCAAGGGGCAGUUUUACCGAAGUGGUUCACGACACCACGAGUGUCUUCUUUGCCCUUGCUCCCCUGUAGUGUCCUCUGGCAGCUGUCAUAUAAAGCCCGGUCACCGCAUGCCAACCUGUGACCAGUGCCGCCCUGGCUACAGCGGUGCUCACUGCAACCAGUGUGACAUUGGCUACUACAGCUCUGACAGCCUUUGUAUCAAAUGCCAGUGCAAUGGGAAUGUCGACCCAGCGCGGUCACCCAGAGUCUGCAGGCUGGACACAGGGGAAUGCCUUGGCUGCCUUUACCACACGGCAGGAUUUCACUGUGAAAAGUGCCAGGAAGGUUACGCCAAACGUUUGGAAGGCGCGAAUUGCACCAAGAAAGAAUAUGUUCCUGGUCCCGAAGGCAGAGCGUUCACUCCUCCGACUAUAAACAUCAGCGUAUCAACGUCAUACUCUACAACAGCCACCAACAGCACGUUACCCCAGCCUUCGAUGGUACAGACAGUUUCCCCCAUCAGUUCCUCCGACAAUAGUACUUCUACUUUAGCUGAUGUAUCAUGGACCCAGUUCAAUAUCAUCAUCCUUACUGUCAUUAUUAUCCUUGUGGUUCUGCUGAUGGGCUUUGUGGGUGCUGUCUACACGUACCGCGAAUAUCAGAACAGGAAGUUGAAUGCUCCCUUUUGGACCAUUGAGCUCAAGGAGGACAACAUCAGUUUCAGCAGCUACCAUGAUAGCAUCCCCAAUGCUGAUGUCUCAGGCCUGUUGGAGGACGAUGGUAACGAAGUGGCACCCAAUGGCCAGCUGGCGUUGGCCACUCCCAUGCAUAACUACAAGGCUUAACAAAACCAGGGUUGAGAGUUUACUUCAAAAUCUUGUAAGUGAAGCAAACCAGUGCAGUGCCUGUUGGGAGGGACACCAGUCAAUGACACCAGCGUUCCAGGCAAGAGGACUAGAUAACUUUCCCAGCAUUGGCUGUGGGGUCCACACACACACACACACACACACACAGUGUUGGACACUGGAGAUAAUAAAGGAGUUUCAGGUAAAUUUACAGAUUGUAUUCAAUUCAUUGUUUCCCAUCAAAAUCCAUCCUUGCCACUAUGGAUAUAAACUUGUAUUUUAAAAAAAUGGAGUUGCUUUGAAAUAUAUUUUUGUAUGAAAUGAUGAAGGCAUAUACCAAGACGUCAUCUCAUUGCCAGUCAAAAGCUAUGUUGAAACACUGGAUACCUGAUUUUAACUCUUGUUUUGAAAUGU